AUGGCCGCCCGUCCAAAAAGCUCAACUCUUUCGUCAGAGUUGGUAAACCCUCCUCCGUCUCCCAUCACCAAACUCAGGACCGACGAUCAGCUCGUAGAAAUUCUGAUUCGACUCCCGACCCCGAGAACCGUCUGCCUCUGCAAAGCCGUCUGCAAGCGGUGGAACUCCCUAAUCUUCUCGCCAUACUUCAAUCGCCGCUUCAUCUCUCACUACCAGACCAUCAAAGACGGCCCGCCUCUGCUUCUUCGCUCCGACGACCACCCGAAAACAUCGGCAGUCCUCAGCUUUCUCCCCGUGCCGUAUCAAGGUCGAGGCCGUUUUGCAGUCCUUGAUUCCUUCAAGGACUUGCUUUUUGGCGGGUUUGUGGAUCGAAUUUAUGUCGACAACGAACUGGGUAGAUCGUAUUUGGUAUGCAAUCCGAUUACCAAGCAAUGGGUCGCCCUUCCUUUAGCGCCUGAAAAGGAGGGCGCUCAUGGCCGUGCCUAUAUAAAAUAUGUGCACGCGAGGUUAGUUUGUCAAUCCCGUUAUAACUGUAAUCUUCAGCUAGGAGAUGGCCAAGUAUUUGUUCAUUCUGAGUAUCGGUUUCGGUGGUUAUAUGCAAUGCACCAAGGAUAG